UCGAGUUAAAUAAAGAAUAUAAAAGAAUGCAAUAAUACGAUCUUUAUCACUUGCUAAGUAAAUUUUUGUCUAUCCAAAAGCGCACUAUGGGGCACUUUUUGGAAAAAUGUAUUUUUCUAUUAAUUUUGAUGAAGAUUGGCCAACUACAAAGCGCACCCUUAUUAAGUGGAUGUUCGUGUGGUAAAGCCGCUCUCCCUCUACCAGUUACAUUCCCAGUUGCACCACCAGCUUUAGAAGUGCCUUGUGCCACUCAUGGAUAUAAAAUUGAAAUCCCAGCACCACCAGUUUUGAAGGCUGCAACACUUUCAUAUGCAAUGGAUGUUGUUGUAGAAGCACCAGUUCCAGCUGCUCCAGCAGUAGUCUGCAACCCAAACCUGGUUACCACGGCUGUCUUAAACAAAGCUGCUUUGUUGAGUCCUGAUUGUGAUCCACCGGCGGCUGCUUUAUUGCCUGCGCCAGCACCAGCACCACCAGCUAUCGGUGCACCAUGUGGAUUAGCAGCAUUGCCAACAGCACCAGCGCUAGCUUUGGCAGCACCUGCACCAGCACCACUUUUGGCAGCACCUGCACCAGCACUCCCACUCGCUCUUAAUCCAGCACUUCUAGCUCUAAAUCCAGCUCUUCUGGCACUUCUUCAACCUUCCCUAGCUGCUCUUCCAGCCGCAUUACCGGACGAUUUUAGCGGAGUUGCACCACUUCAAGCUCCUGCUCCACCAAAAGUGACCUAUGAAAUUAUUUCCUCUGGACGACCAGCAAUACCUUUAGGCCCACUUCCAGGUGCCUAUUCCCUUGACCUAUCCCCUCCCGCUCCCCCUUGUGCAUGCGCAGCCGCCCUCAAGCCAUCAUGUAGGUACGUAUCAAAAGACACUAAGUCAAACAGUAUAGAUCGUGGGCGUUCAAAACGCGAGGUCUGUUCAAAGAACCAACAAUUAAUGGAAGAACUAAAAAACUAUCUCAAAUCUCUAACAACCACAAGAGUCACACGAAAGGCUAAAAAAUCAAAACUCGUCAAACGUGAUAUCAAAGGUGAAUAUGAUCUUCUGCAAAGGGAACAAUCCGAAAUGGAUUUGACUAUUCCAGAAAUUAUCCAAUACAUGCCUGAAACAAUGAUGCCAAAUUUUAAGCGUGGUAAAUGCAACAUUGGCUGCAAGAAUUGCAUUCAUAAUGACUCAAAGGGGCAUUUUAAAAAAAUUCAAUCCCACCAGCAGCAAACCGAUUCGAUCAAUAAAAAUGCUUAUAACAUUGACCAACAAUCAACAGAACAACAACAACAAUCGAAGCAACAAGUAUUGAAUGAGAACACAACCGAAUUGCCAAUUCAGCAAUUUGAUGUUAGCCCACAACGCCAACGAUCCGCUGCUAGCGCUGCUGGGGAACAUUAUUUUUAUGAUAAACGUAGUGUGAAUCCAUUUCAAAGCCCAAAUCCAAGUUACUCUGGGUUAUUGCCUCCGCCCUACAUGUCCAGUACGAUGGAAUUGACGAAGCUUGCACAAAAUCCAGUUAACCCCGUUUGGUUUGAGCCACAACCAUUGAUCGACCCAAAUACUGAAUAUGUGUACGAUAGACUGGGUCAUAAGUACAAAGUGAAGAAUGGCAGUUUUCAGCUUGUGAAACCAGAGCUGAAUGACGACGGUAACGAUAGAGUCGAAGUCGAAGUAAAUAGUUCAUCAGCUCAUGUUGCUUCUGUUGAAAAUACAGAAGAUACAACUGACGCAGAUAAGAUAUUUGAAUCAUCUGCUUUGAAUUCGCAAGAACAACAUGAAGAAGCAAAGAAAUUGUAUGAUUCAGCAAUUCAGCAACAAGAUUUUACCGAUGCUAAUGCUUCACCAGAACCAAAAAUGAUUCAGGUACCAUCACCUACAGUUGGUGCACCAGCUCGUCAUCGUGAUCCAUCUUAUGAUCCACACAUGGAUAAGGUCAUUCGUGAUAUUGUUUAUCAACAUCCAGAUUUUAUCGAAGCAACUCAGCAUGCUCCAGGUUCGCUGACAUUGCCCGAAGAAGUAACACGUGACGAGACAAUGCAAUUUUUAGACAAAUUGAUUCGAGGUCGUUUUAGUAAAUGGUUUGGUUCGCCCAGUGAGCAGGUUUCAAUGCCUAAUUUAGAUGAUUUAAAUCGGUUUUCUCGUGAAACUGGUACAACAGUCAAGUUUAUUCCGAUUGUGACAGUUGAUAGAGAUCGUUUGGAUAUGUAUCGACAGUCGCAAAUAAAGGCGGAAGAAACUACACAGACUCAAUAGUUAAAGUUAAUGUUUUUUUUUGUAGAUUAGUUAAUUUAUAUUUUAGUUUCUAAGAUUGUUGAAUAAAAUUCAAAUAUUUAUUAA